CUCCUUACUCAUCUAUAGGGAAGGAAAAUUUAGCAGAAACACCACCCCUCACCCCUCUCCAAAAGAGAGAAAAAAAAGGAAGAGGGGACACAAAAAGGAAAAAAAUAACAGGAGGAGGAAAGGGAAGAGAUAACAGGAAAGAGAGAGGUUCGUAAUGAAAAUCAUCAGGCCAUACUCACGCGGUGGCGGAGAAGGCCGAAGAGAAGGAAGAGGCGCCGGCGGCGGUGGAGGCCGAGGGAUUGAUGGUCUUCCUCCAGCCGCCCGAUGCGACCCAUCUCCUCGGCUUUGUCACCUUGUUCCUCGCCUCCGCCCUCCUCCUCCUUGGCCUCCUCUCCCUCGCCUUCGUCCUCCGCUUCCGGUUCAAGGCCCAGCGCAGCCGCUUCCUCGCCCUCCGCGACUUCAACUCCCUCUGGCCAGUCAGGAUCAUCCUCGUGGGCUCCUCCUUCCUGUGGGCCCUCUCUGAGCUGUUCCGCCUCCCGCUCCUCCGCCAGCGCGGCUGGCUCUUCUACCGGCUCGGCUCAUCGCAGCAGGCCGGCCUCUGCAGGCUCCACGUCGCCGCGUCGCUCGGCCUCGCCGAGCCCUGCUUCUUCCUGGCCGCCGUAUCGCUGCUCAGGGGAUCGAUGCAGGCCGGGAAGGGGAGCGGGCGGUGGGCGGCAUUCCUGACGAUGGCCUCGUGCCUUCCGGCCCUCGCGCUGCACUCCUUCGUGGCCUUUGGCCUCCCGCAGUUGAGAAGGCCGAGAUACCUCGACCACUUUUUCGUGGAGUCGUUCGGCCGGCCGAGGCACGGCGGGGGAACCACAGGCGUCUGGUGCUCCUUCCCGCUCCUGAGCACCAUCAUAACCGCCGCCUCCGGCAUUGCCUUCGUCCCCUACUUUCUGUCGCUCAGCUGGAGGAUGAUGGACAUGGUCAUCAACAGAAGGCUGGGGGUUCGGGUGUACGGUCUCUCGCUGACGGUCCUCAUCUCUCCGGCGGUCCACGUCUGCGCCAUGGGCGUCUCCGUGUUCUGGAAGGGGCAGGACGUCGAGUUCCAGAUCCUUGCCUUCCUGAGCUUCCUCAGCGUCUGCGUCUGCUCCGCCGUCGCCCAGAUCAUCCUCGUCAUCAUGCCCAUCGCCGACUCCCUGGCCGUCGAUUCCCUCAUCCCUGCGGACGAUGGGACGGAGAAGAAGCCGCCUCACGCCUGUGUGCUCCACAUGGGCAGCCUCUCCCCGGAGGACGAGGACGAGGACGACGGGGAGGAGCUCUUGCUGGGACCCACUCAGGGAUGAUCUCGCGGGGCCCGCCCACCCCAAGUGGGAGAAAGACCGAACACCAGAGCCGUCGUGGACCGAUCACGAGUUUGGAUCCGGUUUGAGGGUUUGGGUUGGGGGGGGGGGGCGGGAUCCCCAAGCAAGUACCAAUUUUUUGCUUGAUUUUGGCGAGCUCCAGUCCUGUAUAAUAAUAUUCUUUGGUGCGUAUGAAGAAACGGUGUAUCUCUGUUCCUAAUUCCCUGGGUCUGCAAACCUAUCUGGGUUUGGAUUUGGGUCCAAAGAAAAAACUUUGGUUGCGGUUCUCCAUCUCUUCCAACCGUCCCAACUGUUGCCUUCCGACGUCGCCAACAUCGGCAUCAGCUUGGACGGACAAUCACCUUUCUUAUAUUUGCAAUCUGAUGAAUGGACCCCAGAGGCAGGAGGAAUGGGGGAGCCUUCGGGCCUUUUUCGAGCGGUGGAAUUAAUACCCCUUGUUCACCCAAAAAUCUGUCUUUUCAACUAGCACAGCCAGUGUUCAGCUCAAAAUCAAAAUGCCAAUUGCCAGAUAACUUUCAGUAGCACCUAUCAUAGUGUUCGCCAUUUGUACAGGCAUCAGGUUGUUCUCAACUGACGGGCAAUGGACUUACAUUAUAUCCUGCAUUUUAUUGCCAACACCAUACGUGGAUCAAAGCUAAUAGUAAAUCAUGUCCAAGCUAUUGGCACUUCUUUAUGGUGACACGCUAUGUACGUAAAACGCAUCCGCACC